UCCCUCAUGCCGGAGGAGGAGAGGAGGCCAGCCCAGCGAGCAACAGCAACAGCUGGGAAGAAGGCGUGGAAGGCUCUCCUCUCCUGGAGGGGUGGCAGCCAUCCAUCUGCUGCAGGCCCUCUUCUCCGGCCCUCCGGCCACGUCUUCUUGGUGUGGGGGUGAAGCGGCUGUCCGCAGCCUGGCCCCUUCUCUCUAAAGGACCCCGAGGCCAGGCCUUCUGGGGGGGCCCCCUCGGCGCCAUGGCCUUCACCAUGCUCCGGCCCAUGGCCGCCCACGUGCUCUACCCGGACCUCAGCCUGCUCUCGGAGGAGGACGAGGAGAACCGCAGCGAGAGCGACGCUUCGGACCAGUCGUACGGCUGCUGCGAGGACCGGCCCGGCAAGAUGGCCCGGAAGCCGGGGCAGGUGGUGGUGGUGAAGCAGCGGCAAGCGGCCAACGCCCGCGAGAGGGACCGGACCCAGAGUGUCAACACCGCCUUCACGGCCCUGCGCACCCUCAUCCCCACCGAGCCCGUCGACAGGAAGCUCUCCAAGAUCGAGACGCUGCGCCUGGCCUCCAGCUACAUCUCCCACUUGGCCAACGUGCUGCUCCUGGGAGAGGGCUGCGAGGAUGGGCAGCCCUGCCUCAGUGCCCUCUACGGCUCCAAGGGGGGCAUGGUGGAGGCCAAGCAGCCCAGGAGCAUCUGCACCUUUUGCCUCAGCAACCAACGGAAGGGGGGUAGCCGGCGGGACCUUGGCGGGAGCAAGUGCUUGAAGGUGAGAGGGAUGAGCCACCUGAAGGUACUGCGGAGAUGAGCCGGAAUUCAGAUGGCCGCCUGUCCGAGAAGCCGGGCUGAGGAGGGCUUCAGACCUUGGACAACUGAGUUAGAUGUUCCAGACUGGGGCAGGGGGGUGGGGGUCAUGGAAACCAGGAGUGCCUGGUGCUUACGGGUAGAAAAACCCAACGGGAAGGGAAUCCCCACUUUGUGAAGAGACAGGAUGGGGUGGGGGCUGCUCCUUGAAGCGGACUAUGGGGCAACAAAGGAGAGAACAUGGCCCUUCCCUGGACCCCUCUGCUCAACCUCCAGGACACCCCCGGCUCCAUGAGGGGAGCGGGCUUGAGAACGAAGUGAGACAGGGGGUGUCUGGGGUGCCAGUGGUGGGGACCUCUGCGCAACCUACUUUCCAGAGGACAAUGUUGAAACAGAGCUUUAUCAAGAGGGAGCUUAUUGCUGGUCUGUAUGAUCACUGAUGUAAUUAUUAUUGUUUCCUUAUUCAGCAGGCUUGAAAAUAAAGGUAUUUUUCUCA